AUGGAAGCCCCCAUCAAAUUCACGGUAGCGGACAGUCGUAUUCCCAUCUACUAUAUCAUCUCAGAAAAUGAUGUAGCAGUACCGGCCAAGAUCCAACGACAAGUCGUGGCGAAUAUUCCAAAUUGUGUGAUAUUUAGCAUGGAGGCUGGGCAUAGUGCGUUUAUCACCCACCCAGAUCAAGUCGCCGGGCUUCUGGAGCGCUGCGGAGGAAACGUUAAGGGAGCCGACCUGGUAGUCUCAUGGAACUGGGGUGGCGGAGCUCCAGGUGGCACUGUUGCUGAGAAAAAGACCGAAGGCCAAGUUGCGAUCAAGUCGAAGCGCGGCAAUACCAUUAAGAAAAACGCCGAGCCCGAUAAUCCGGCCGUACACAUCGAGCGCUCCGGAAAUGACGUCGUGAAGAAGGCUUCUGAGCUCACUGUUGAGUCGAAGGGAUCUCAGGGGAAAGAGGGUGAUGAACAUGGCGAGAAACGGAAAGCGAAAAGCCAGGACGUCGAGGAUGACGCCAAGGAGAGUGAUGGAGAGGAAGAGAGUGAAGAAGAUCCCCAUACCAAAACGAAGACUGGGAAAGAAGUGAAGAAAGGAGGAAAAGCAGCCAACAAGAAGCAAAAGAAGAAACAAGAGGAGGAGGACGAAUUAGAUAAAGACACGGAUGAUGGCAAAGAGGAUGAUGAGAUCGACUCUGACAAUAAUGCCAAUGAGACACAGAAGUCCAAUCAGCAGACACCGAAGGCGGUUGCCAAAGAUUUGGGAGAAGACAGGAAACAAGCGCAAAUGAAUGGCGCCAAGAAGGAUUCAAAGACUAAAACCCUACAGUCGGCGUCGAAAAUCAAUGGCAAAGCGAAGAGGCAGCCUGCUCCUAGGCAAGAAGGCGACAUGCCCAGUACACGCACCCGGAGCCAGGGCAACAAGUAG